UUCAGACACUGUUGCCUAGCAACAGAACUCAAACUUACCGUUCAGACCAGCUGCAAACUUCACUCCGUUGUCAUAGCUGAGGAUGAGUGCUGGACGGGCCUCCGAGGGCGCGGGCUGCUUCACCUGGUGGGGCUUCAGUCCCGCGCGAGACCUGCUGAGCACAGGCCCUGUGACACUUGAAGGGGAGGUCAACGUGUUGCUGGUUGGCAGUGGAGACCCACGACAUAUUUUGAAGACCAUUGCUGGUUUGCAGAACGAGAAUAGCCUACAUGUGUGGGUGAUAGAAAGCAGCAUGGAGGAGGUGGCUAGACAGCUUCUGCUCCUCUAUUUGGCACUGAUGCCCCAAGAAAGCAUGGGAAAUAAUGAGAAGACGGAGGUAUUCCUGGAGGUGUUUGGGAACAGUGAGAUCCGCAGUCAGACAGAAGAGAUACUGAGACAUGCAGCGUCACAGCUCUCUCUGUCUGUUACUGAAACACUGGAGACAGCCACACACACCUGUCUGAACACAACUCUUCUCAAGUUUAAGGAGCGAGAUGAGCUGGCCAGGAUAUUGAAGUUGUGGAUCCAGCCUCAGACUUCAUCAUCUAUCUUAAUGUCGAAGGCCUGGGAUUAUCGGGUCAGGCAGCACCUUGGAACACGCUACAACUCCAAGGGGGGCAGCUUCGACUGGGACCUUACAAUGAAACUGCACGAGAAAGGGUGUGGUGCCAUCAACAAACAGCAAUAUGUGCGAUGGAGGGAACGAGGUUUGGCGUUCGAAAUGAGAGAAGGCAUCUACCAAAUACCCAAUCCAAGUUUGCUCUCUUCACGAGUGUUCAAUCAGAAAGGGGACAGAGUGGCUGUCCGGGGCUACUGGGGAGACAUUGUUUCCAGUCCCUACCUCGCCUUUGGCAUUGAAACUGAAGACAAGAGCAUGCUGAAGACACAGAAUGGGAAAUACAUCAAGACAGCCCAGGAUAUCUCCAUUGCUAAUGUACAGGCAUUGUUCCAGUCUCUGUCCAGUAGACGGGGCUGCCCCACUACUUCUCAGUCAGACGCAGAAGCAGAGGAGCCAUCGCCACAGAGUGACCGAAAAUCUGUCACCAUCAGUGACUUGAUGCGUCUCAAUGGGAUCUCUGUGACCUUCCUGCCUAUGGAUUCACUCCACAAACUGCCACAAAAACAGAAAUAUUCACACUUCUUCAACUCACUCUACUUCUCUGCCAGCUGCGUGCACCAGUUGGGCCCAACAAUGAGACAGAUUGCAGCACCAGACGCUGUGCUCGUCGUGGAGUUGGCCAAGUACAUUUUGGAUCUGAGCAAAGUGCAAGAAGCAGGCUUUGCAAAGGAAGUGGUGAGCAUCGCUCUCGUGGCCGAAUUUGAACCGUGGCUUGAGGGGAAGAUUGAUGACGUCCACGCUGUUUUUAUACCACGGAGGAAGUGAAGGUGGUUAAUGGUAAUGUUAAUGUCAUCAGAGCAGUUUACUCUGCUCACCAUUGUCAGCCGCUUCACCUUCACAAUACGCAACUGAUAGUCAAGAUGACAUUGCAUCAGAGCACAUUUCAUCAGCUCUUAUGCAGACAGAAUUUAUUUUUCUUCAUAAAGAUAGAUAGUAGUUCAUUUUUGUUUGUAGUAGCUGUUUGAAUUUUCCAGGAGAAUAAUCAG